UCUUUUUUUUUUAAAAUCAUAUUUGUCACGUCACCUGAAUAAUUCCCUGCACCAGGAAACUUUUACAGACUUGCUGGAAUUAGUCUGAGAGAUGGAGGCAGAGGAGAAUAAAAUUUCAGUGUGGGUUUGUCGCGAGGAGAAGCUCGUGUCGGGCUUGUCGAAGCGCACGAGCUGCGCGGAUGUGAUCCGGGUGUUACUGGAGGAGCAGAACCUGGAGCAGCGCGUGUCCCUCUCGGGCUCUCCUCAGUCCUACUGCAUCGUGGAGAAAUGGAGAGGAUUUGAACGGAUUUUACCGAACAAAACCAAGAUACUGCGACUGUGGAGCGCGUGGGGAGAGGAACAAGAAAACGUCCGGUUCGUGUUGGUGAAAAACGAGGCGUCUUUACCCAGCAACGGGCCGCGGAGCGCAGAGGCGCGCGUCGUUCUCAGCAAAGAGAGCCCGUGUGUCUACAAGGGGACCGCCAGAGUGACCAUGGCUCUGUCACAGGAGAAACAGAGACGGAUAGUCAGGAAAGCGUUCAGAAAGUUGGAUAAAAUCAACAAGAAACGGGCGCAGGCUGCACCUAAAGAUGCCUCAUCCAUGGAGAGGAUGGAGACCCUUGUGCACCUGGUCGUUUCUCAAGAUCACACCAUCCGCCAGCAGAUUCACAGGAUUAAAGAGCUCGACAGGGAAAUAGAAAGGUAUGAGGCCAAAGUUCAUUUUGAUAGAAUGAAGAUGCAUGGGAUCAACUACGUCCAGGAUACGUAUUUAGUGGACAACAACCCUGAUAAAGUCAAUGAGGGGGACAAAACGAGCCCAGAAGCAGCUCUCGCCCAGUUUGAGGAAUAUGCUCAGAGAUGCGAGGAGGUCAUCAAACUGCAGGAAGAGCUGUCUAAACACGAGGCCCUCAUGGAGAGCAUUACAACUGAGAUUCAAGAGGAACUCAACCAGAGGUGGAUGAAAAGAAGACACGAGGAACUCGCGAAUAAAGAGUCUGAAACCACUUCUGGCGAGACAUCUCUCAGAGUCACAACUCGAGAAAAAGAUGAUGGACCUUCAGCGGUGGAUGUGUCUUCUGACAACGAGUUGCUUCUGGAAGAAGAGAGGAUCAGAACCCAACUUGACACCAGUUUGUACAUCGGUCUGCGGCUGAACACCGAUUUGGAGGCCAUAAGGAAUGAUUUGGACUUGACCCAGGAGAUAUGGGGAGCGAAAGAGAAAGAACUGAGGGAUUUAAUGGAGAAAGUCAACUCUUUGGAUUUUGAGGAGGAGCUGAAAGAGGAAAACACAAUAGAAACAGACAGAUUGAUGCCGCUCCAGGGGGACAGUGUGUGGGUGGAGCAGGCAAGAGGGCUUAAAAACAUGUGACGUGAAUGAUGACGACUCAGAUACAGGACUCAGCUCAAUGCAUAGUCAAGACUCAGAUAUCACACCCAUCUGCGAAUCUUUAGUGUAAAA